AGUUAUUAGUUAUUGGAGUAAGUAAAGGCAAAAAAAGAAAAAUGGAGAGAUCAGGGGAAGGGGGUUCAUCUUCAUCAGUCUCAGGGGAUUCAACUCUUCUUCCUCUCCAAAAUCCCAACAUCUCUGCCAAUUCAACGGCAAUUAGGAGACCUCGUUGGCCGACGAUCGACGGACCAAUUGGACUUUCUGAGGAAGAAUCGAUUGUAUACGCUCGCCGCUUUUACAAGUUUGGAUUUUUGCUUCUUCCUUGGCUUUGGGCUGUCAAUUGCUUCUACUUUUGGCCUGUUCUUCGUCAUUCUCACUCCUUCCCUUCUAUUCGAAGAUAUAUUGUCGGAUCAGCUAUUGGGUGCUCAAUUGCCACUGUACUGUUGUCUUCAUGGGCAUUAACAUUUUCGAUUGGAGGGGAACGCCUUUUUGGGUCAGUUUGGAACAAACUUGUUAUGUACAACGUUGCUGAUCAGUUAGGCUUAACAGGUUGGAUGUAGCUGUGUCUCGGAAUUUCUUCUGUUAUGCGGAUGAUGUUGAUAGCCCCCUUUUUUCUGCUACAAAAGAUCUUAGCACUCUGUGUUGAACCCUGUGUAUAUCGUGUAUUCUUCUCUGCAAGUCUACUUUGUAUGUGCUUUAUCAUGGUUAUACGAUAGCUAAUUUUGUCAUAGCCGUAAGGUUGAGCUGCAUUGCCUCUUGACCUCUUGUUAUUAGUAGUUAUUGAAGUCUCUUCAGAAUGUCUUCCCUGUAUAAAAGAAGGGGCCAAAAACCCCACAUUUUCGCCAUUUUUUUUUAGUAUGAUGGAGAUGAUAUGACAUAAAAGACUAGUAUUAUGAUAUCAAAGAGAAUGGAGUACUUCAUUUCUCGUAA